UCCUGCUUCCUCUCUUCUUCACACUCUUCCUCGCCUCUCUCUCUCUCUCUCUCUCUCUCUCUCUCUCCGCCCUUCUUCCUAAACCCUUUUUCCGUUUCCAAGUCGACAAUGCUCAGUAACGCCGUCAGUUAGGGCGCUUCCUCUUCCAACCUCCGCCACUCCUGCGCGAUGUUCAUGCUGGGAAAGCGCUUCCUUGCCAUUUUUGUCCGCUGCGACGCCGGCCGUUUUAUCCUUUCAUAGCCGUGUGUUUGUCCUUAAACAGAUCCCUCUAGGGUUACGGAUGUACUUCAGAAGAAACAUUCGGCCUCGUGCAUGUCAAAGAAUCUUCGAUUUGCCUCGUUUUUACUGUUGUUUUCGGCGUCUAGGGUUCCUCGGUCGGUUUCGGCUAAGCGAUUUCAGCGUUAGGAUGGCGUUUGAAGGCAAGUGUUUCAGGUUUUGGUUCGAUAUAUGGAGUCGUGAUGCAUUAUUUUGAGAGGAUAUUUUGGUUGUGAGUUCGGAUGGAAUUCGAAGCGUAGGGAGGGACUCUGAAGGACUUAAAAUGGGGUUGGUCCCUAAGGAAGUUCAGUUGGAGGCGUGGGCAACUGGUGGGAGAUCGAAGAAGGGUCAUGAGGAGGAUAAUAAGAAAGGAGAAGAGAUUGGCUGUUGGAUUAAGUUUCGGUCCAUCGGGAGUUGUAUCUCGGCGAGAGCCAAGGUUGAUGCGUCCCUCAGCAGCAUCAGCACCCAAUGCGAAUCUAAAUCAACAGUUGAUGGCAGUAGCAAGGAUAGGCCAGCUGCAAUAGUUUCUGGUUCAACUACUGCAAGUAGUUCUUGUAGCAAUUCAUCUGCUUCUAAAGUUGGUGAAGAUCUAAAAGUUGCUACCCAGUUGCGCAAAUUUACCUUUAAUGACUUGAAGUCUGCCACAAGAAACUUCAGACCAGAGAGUCUUCUGGGAGAGGGAGGAUUUGGUUGCGUCUUCAAAGGAUGGAUUGAAGAAAAUGGUACAGCCCCUGUUAAACCUGGCACAGGACUUACUGUAGCUGUCAAGACACUUAACCAUGAUGGACUUCAAGGGCAUAAAGAGUGGAUGGCUGAAGUUAAUUUUCUUGGUGAUCUUCAACAUCCAAAUUUGGUAAAGUUGAUUGGGUAUUGUAUUGAAGAUGAUCAGAGAUUGCUAGUGUAUGAGUUUAUGCCACGUGGAAGUUUAGAAAAUCAUCUUUUCAGAAGAUCCCUUCCUUUGCCAUGGUCAAUUCGAAUGAAAAUUGCACUUGGCGCGGCAAAAGGUCUUUCUUUUCUUCAUGAGGAAGCUGAAAGACCAGUAAUAUACCGUGAUUUUAAGACUUCAAACAUUCUGCUAGAUGUGGAUUAUAAUGCUAAACUUUCAGAUUUUGGACUCGCCAAAGACGGUCCUGAGGGUGACAAGACUCAUGUGUCAACAAGAGUGAUGGGAACAUACGGGUAUGCUGCUCCAGAGUAUGUAAUGACAGGUCAUUUGACAUCCAAAAGUGAUGUAUAUAGUUUCGGUGUAGUGCUACUAGAAAUGAUGACUGGUCGGAGAUCAAUGGACAAAAAUCGACCAAAUGGGGAGCACAACCUGGUGGAAUGGGCACGCCCAUAUCUGGGAGAAAGACGGCGCUUCUACAGACUCAUUGAUCCUCGUUUGGAAGGCAAUUUCUCAAUUAAAGGUGCACAGAAAGUCGCUCAACUUGCACAUUCCUGCCUCAGUCGAGAUCCUAAGAUGCGACCGCUCAUGGGCGAAGUGGUCGAUUCUCUCAGACCAUUGCUCAACCUCAAAGAUAUCGCCAGCUCCUCGUACUUUUUCCAGACAAUGCAUGCAGAACGAUCUAUUCACAACUCGAACGCUAGAAAUGGUUCUAGGUCACAAGGUGCGUACGGAAGGAACGGACAACCGAUGAGGAGUCUUUCACGCGGCGUUUAUGCUUCUCCACAUCAUCAGUCCGUGAAGCCAAACGGCCACUGAUGAGACGGGAGGUGUUCCUGUGUUAGAACUGCAGAAUCUUGUAGCCUGAAGAAUUCUAGAUUUGUGCUAUCGUAUCUUGGCCAUGGUUCUCUGAAAUGCUACAUUAACUAGUAAUCAAGCUGAACGCUUCAUCUUUC